UGAAAAAUCAGUUGUAUCGCAUUUUUAUCGAGUUUGGGAAAAACUCGCCGAAUCAGAAAUGCGUUGCUUUUUAAUAUUAUUAUUUACUCUGCUUUUUCAUUAUGGAAAUGCUUGUAAUAGAGCUCAGCUAGAAUCAGGUUUCGAAGAGGUUCGCCUAUCCUUCAUCGACAUAGAAGCGGACGUUGCCGCACUCCUAAAAACCAUGGAGUUCCACGCAAAGACCGAAAAGAAGGUUGACGAGUGCAUGAGGAAACUCAACCAGAACCGAAACCGACUGAGGAAGUUGGCUUCGAAGACGUGUAAAGUGAAAAAACUUAGCCAGUUGAGUUUGAAAAGGAACCGAUACCCGGUGCUGUAUUAGUUAUCCAGUUUUUGAGAAUCAAUAGGAUUUUUUAAAUAAAAAUUAACUGUUCUUCAAUCAACGGUGGCUCACUCAAUUGGUGGCGUUACUACUAAAUUUAGCAUGUACCUAUCAUGCUCCAAACUUUGUAUUUUAACCAUGAUCUAACAAGUAUAAUAUUAACUAAAUACAAUGGCGCUACAGCUUAA